AUCUGCGAGCUUUUUACUUUCCUCAAGCAUACAGAUGGUUCCUUGAUCAACAUCCAUCACGCCGAGGAAGUCUUGAACAUAUGUCUUGACAUACUUGAACGCGAUCAGUUUCAGACGAAAUCAGGAACAGCUCAGAGAGCAUCAGACGGACACGUGGAAUGGAGCUGAGGACAGUAUUACGAUUGCUCGCUUUCUCCGCUGUAGUUACUUUAACAACUACCAGGCCAAGAGUUCAUUGGAAUCCAGAAUAUGGCUAUGAUGUUGAUUACAAAAGAUACAAGGAGAGAGACAAACAUUAUAAGUCAGACGGAGAGCAAGGUCAUGACGAUAGCAGCAUUACAGACCAAACAAACCGCGCAUUGUACCAGACGGAUAACAAAUGGGACGACAAUUAUAGGCUACUAGAUGAAUUAGAUAAACUCUAUACGUCAGACCGUGAACAACUUUUUGAUGACAGAAACAUCAGAGACCAAGCAAACCGGGCAUUGUACCAGACAGAGGACGAGUGGAACGAUAUUGAGAGUGUGCUCGAUGAGUUAGAAGCAGCACUAAGGAGUGAUGAAACCACGGAGUCACCAGCCACUGGUGAACCUUAUGGAUCGCCUGUAACGGACAAACCGUCUGAGUCAUCUGAAUCACCUACCACUGAAGAAUCUUCUGGAUCAGGUGAAUCACGUGCACCUGCCACUGAACAGCCUUCUGGAUCAGAUGAAUCACCUACCACUGAAGAACCUUCUAGAUCAGCUGAAUCACCUUCUACUGAGGAGCCUCCUGGAUCAGCUGAAUUACCAACUAUUGAGGAAUCGUCUGGAUCAGCUGAAUCACGAGCCACUGAGGAAUAAUUUCACCAUCGCAGAUAAAAGUUGUUUCAAUAUCUCCAUUAUUCCCGAUAUCUGUGAUAAAUUAAAAUUGUAGUUUCGUGUUUUUAGUCGUGCAUCUAUCGUUUUGUAGAUGGAAGUCGGAACUAAAGAGAAUUAUUUUUAGUGGGUGACAGUAGCCAAAUCAGACAAUACUUUAUUACCUACCUACCUCAAAGUCGGUGUUAUCAAGUUCCUCUGGUUAGAAGUUCCGUUUUCGGUGGACAAUUUCUCCAGAUUAUAUUAGUGUGGAGGUUAGGCCUAACCGUAGAAAUAAAGCCACGUUCUCGAAUUUCUCCGGCGUAGUGUGGGCAGGAAUUAAAAUGCUUCGUUAAACUUCCCAACUGAAAUGAAGUUUUCUAUCGGAUGGAAAGAUACUACAUGAGCCGCCUGGAACUGUAUAACUCUCUAGGGCAAGCAAAACUCACUGACUCCCUCGAGCAACAGCAGUGCUAACUUGCACGUGAUCAGGUUGUGUGCCUUCAAAACAUGGCACGUGUACUCAAAAGCAAAGGUUUAUUUUUUAUUUUGUUCUUAUUCGGUUAUUCGGAAGUCAACUAGUUACACGUUCACCAAAAAUACUUGCGUACUCAAAGAAAGAUCUGUCAGUAAUUCUGAAGCUCAAAGCGUUGUUGAGCUGUGUUGAAAGUUUCAGUAAUAAAUUCAUGUCGGUUUCAGCGGUAGACACAUUUUAUUUCGGACAAUAGUAGGUAACAGAGUGUUUAUUAUCAGUUGGGAUCUAACAAAACGCUAAUGCCUGUCGCCACGGGAAAC